AAAAGUCCCGUGGUUUUCUCCCUUUCGGGUUUCCACGUAAAAAUAGCUUGUUCAUACACAUUUAUACAUAUAUUUACUAUAUCGUGUUGGAUUAAACUCAACACUGACGCCGUUUGUGGGAAUCUGUCCAAAAAGAUUCACGUUGUUCUUCCUUUCUAAGAAAAAUUCAUACGAAAAUACACUGACUUCAGCAAAAAGAAACAAAUAACUCUGGAAACGAAGCAGGAAGAAGAUGUUGCUUCCAACGAGAAAGCGGAAGUUUGAGAAGCUAAGAAAUCUGGAAAUCUUAACCCAGUGUUUUUAGAUCUGAGUUGGGGUGACGAAGACCGUCGUCUCCAUUCCCGCCGCCAUGGACUCCUUCCGACGAGUGGACCCGCACCAGGUGGAGCUCCAGCAGCGUCCUAGGCCUCACCCCCGGCAACACAGGUCCUGGCAGUCCAACUAACCGAGUUCGCCGUCGGAAGAGGCCGUCCGAGUUCGCUGCCGCAGCCACGUCGGACCUCACGACCACUGCUGUUGCGGGCCCCGUCAACCAGUGAGCCGCAUCUUCACCUCCGUUGCAGUUCGACCUCCAGCCAGGUAAGCUUCCUCCAUUAAUGGUGGUUCGGAGCGCAGGGAAGUAAAAACCGAAGCUCAAUGGGUCUCCCCACGAAACCACUCCCUCUAGCCGGCCUCGCUGCCGCGACUACCGUCUCCACCGGCGAAAAGGUGGCCGGCACGUACAGCCUGCCUCUGGGUAGGUGUGCGUAGGAGGUUUUCCAUCCGCCCCUCCGAAGAGAUACUCCGUAUCGGGUGCCUUGGUGCUCAACAGGCCACGUCCGAGAGUUUGAGGCCAAGUAUUGGAAGGCCAGUCUGUUUUGAGGAGUUGGCCAACAGAUCGAUGCAUCAGCAGCUGGGUCCAUGGGUUGAAAAACAGAUGCGAACAUGGAUUGAUGGAUUUUGACCAAGUCAAAAUUGAAAGAAGAAAAUAGGGAGCAAACCUGACAAUACUCCACUGGCCGAAAACAUCUUUGAAGCUAAGUGCCCUAUUCUUGAACUUUGAAUUGAUACUCCGUAAUUGUUUUGAAAUAUUACUAGUAUUGUCAUUAGUUAAAUUAUUUUAUCACCAUUAUUUAUUAGGGAUUAAAACCUCCCGAAAUUAAAUAAUGCCGAGCGACGCUCUUGUGAUAAUUAGUUUUCACCGUCAUUUAAAUUUAAUGACUGGUUGUUGUGGGCCCGUCGGCCCGCUCCUGAUCGGCUUAAAUUAGCGGGCGGAGCAUACCAGAAUGGCCUUUGAUAGGAUGACAUCAUUGCUAUUGUCGUUAUAUCCCUAUUAUUUAUUAGGGGUAAAAUGUCCCGAAUUAAAUAAUGCAGAGCGAAGCUCUAGUGAUAAUCAGUUCGGCCAACUUUUUUAUUAAAUAUUUAGUUGUUGGUGGGUUCGAUUAGCCCACUCUCGAUCGGCUUUGAUUAGCGAUCUGAGCGUCUCCAGGGGGUAGUGCCCCGGUGACGCGUUUUAAUUUGGGGGGUUACGCAUUAGUCCGCACGGCACCAAGUGCUCGAGCGACGAUCGUACCCUAGUACCAUCUACGCCAUUAGGCGCGAAGUGACUAUUGCCGAACGUGGCCUAUGGGGCCUGAGGGCACCAAAGCACUCAACCUCGUUUUUUCGAGGGCAGUGCGACCAACUUGGGUCUGAGUUUGAAAACUCACAGACCGAUGAAUAUCUCUAUGUGACGUUCGGCGGGCUGCUAAUUGGCCCCGCCGCGAGCUGCUACGUCCAUUAACCCCGCACGAUGAGCCGGGCCGAGGGUCACGAUGACCCAUAGGCCGGUAAUCGUGGGUGUUAGAGAGAAAGCCAUGCAGAUGGUUAUGUGUGUAUACAUAUUGUCGGGCCGUGCGGCCCGUUACCAUGCUUAUUGCGCAGCUGAAGCCGCUCGACGCGCUCGAGUGAAAUGAUUAAAAGACGAUCGGCCUAGGUCUCAAAGACGUUCAGGGCCAGCUAAAGUGGAGACCAUCACGGCUGAGAGCCGAUGGACGAGCAUCUCCACCCAGAGGUCGAGAGCCUAGAGGAGACCACCACGAUUGAGAACCGUGGGACGAGCAUCUCCACCCCAGAGACCGAUGGCCUAGGAAGAACACCUAGAGGCCGAGGGUCUAGAGGCGAAUGCCAUGACAGAGAACCGUGAGACGAUCACCCGUCAUUCAGAGGCCGAGGGCCUAGAAGAGAUCGUCACGGCCGAGGGCCGUCUGACGCCAUCAUUACAUCAUGACCGGCCCCUCGGCACGGCAUGAUCAUCAUAUUUGAAGACCGGCCUCGUCCCCGCACUGCACGGAUGAGGACCGUUGCUUGGUUUUUUCAUGUCGGCCUUUCAUUGCCGACAUCAUUACAUCAUGACCGACCUCUCGGCAUGGCAUGAUUAUCUCAUUUGAAGACCGGCCUCAUCCCCGCACUGCGCGGAUGAGGACCGUUGCUUGGAUUUCAGAUCGGCCUCUCAUUGCCGACUAUCAUUACAUCAUGACCGGCCUCUCGGAACGGCAUGAUUAUCUUAUUUGGAGACCGCGCUCAUCCCCGCGAUGCAUGGAUGAUGACCGUUGCUUGAUUUCAGAUCGGCCUCUCAUUGCCGACACCGUUAUAUCACGACCGGCCUCCCGGCUCGGCAUGCUUUCCAUAUUUGAAGACCGGUUUCAUCCCCGCUCCUCGUGGAUGACGGCCGUUGCUUGUUUUCUCAGAUCGGCCUCUCAUUGUCGAUGUUAUUAUAUCACGACCGGCCUCUCGGCACGGCGUGUUUAUCUUUUGAAGACCGGCCUCGUCCCCGCGCUGCGCGGAUGAGGACCGUUGCUUGAUCUUGGUCGGCCUCUCAUUGCUGGCAUCAUUACAUCACGACCGGCCUCCCGGCCCGGCGUGCUUUCCAUAUUUGAAGACCGGCCUCAUCCCCGCUCCCCACGGAUGAGGACCGUUGUGUGCUCACUCUCAGAUCGGCCUCUCAUUGUCGAUAUCAUUAUAUCACGACCGGCCUCUCGGCACGGCGUGUUUAUCUUUUGAAGACCGGUUUCAUCCCCGCGUUGCGUGGAUGAGAGCCGUUGCUCGGAUAUAUCAUCCUGAUCGGACACUAUUGUCAUCUCCCUAUCAUGACCGACUGCUCAGCGACAUUAUGAUCAUUGUAUAUCGGCUCCCAACGCCGACCUUCUUGAGUUAGCGAUCGGGCUCACCCCUCCCCUCCAGGAGGGUGACCAUCGCCUUCGCAUGACGACCAGCUAUUCCAUCGCCUCGUCAUUUUAUUCGUUUUGGUAUCCCACCACCAUUAUGUGUGACAUCACUUGUGGUCAUUCUUAGAACCGACGAAUGUAUUUUCCUCCCUCAAAAAAAAAAAGAAAGAAAAAGAAAAAAAAAGAUGGGGAGAAGGGGAGACAAGCUCCUAUGAGAGAGGGAGUCUUGACGAGGUAUGCCAGAUCUUCCUUCGCCGCGGAUGACGAACGUCUCCUGACACGGAGGCCAGUAGGAACGUGGGGGGGGGGGGGGGGGGGGGGGGCUAGACAAACCAAAGGGAACCUCGGCAAGAUAAACCAGUUCCUCCCAUUUCCCGUGGAUCGACGAACACCAUCUGCCAUAGCAGGAGGCUAGUAGGGCCACGAGCAUGGGACGACGAAGCAGGGAACCCGCGAUAGGGUAAACCAGUUCCUCCUUGCGAUCGGUGGAUGCCGAACGUCUUCUUCGAGGGAAGAAGAUUAGUAGGAUCACGACAGGGACGAACAAAGAAACAUGAACCCUGACAGGGUAUACCGGUUCCUCCCCCUUGAUGGACGGAUGACGAACGUCUUCUACGAAGCCAGAAGACUAGUAAAUCACGACUGGGGACGAACAGAGAUAGGGAAUCCCGACGUGGAUAAACCUGUUUCUUCUCAUAGUUGGGAUGACGAACGUCUCCUGCGAAACCAGGAGACCAGUAACUCACGAGACUUGGGAAGAACGAAGAACCAGUUCUUUACCGGAGUCUGUUGCGUGCCGAGUGUACACCGCUUAGCGGUCCAUACAUAGGACCACGGAUACGGUAGACGAACGAAGACCAGCUCCAUGGAUCAGACACGAAGAACCAGUUCUUUACCGGAGUCUGUUGCGUGCCGAGUGUACACCGCUUAACGGUCCAUACAUAGGACCACGGAUACGGUAGACGAACGAAGACCAGCUCCAUGGAUCAGACACGAAGAACCAGUUCUUUACCGGAGUCUGUUGCGUGCCGAGUGUACACCGCUUAACGGUCCAUACAUAGGACCACGGAUACGGUAGACGAACGAAGACCAGCUCCAUGGAUCAGACACGAAGGACCAGUUCUUUACCGGAGUCUGUUGCGUGCCGAGUGUACACCGCUUAGCGGUCCAUACAUAGGACCAUGGAUACGGUAGGCGAACGAAGACCAGCUCCAUGGAUCAGACACGAAGGACCAGUUCUUUACCGGAGUCUGUUGCGUACCGAGUGUACACCGCUUAGCGGUCCGUACAUAGGACCACAGAUACAGUAGACGAACGACGAUCAGCUCCCCAGAUCAGGUAGGAGGGACAUUGCCCAGAUUUAUUUCAGGCUCACCAUUCCUUCCCGGAUGGAGUCCUGGCAGACGAUCGGCUUCUCACAACCAAUCAGGAGAGAUACUUGACACAUCACCAGCACGGCCGAGGGCCGUGAGACGAUUAUCACUCACCGACAGGCCGAGGGCCAUGAGAUGAUCAUCACCAUUUUUAUGUAUCGCGAUCGGCCCCUCAGCGCCAUCAUGUCCAGACUCACGGUUUGGCUCGCCCAUUCCCUCCAGGAUGGCGACGACCGUCUUAUGCAGUACGAUCGGCCCCUCAGCGCCAUCGUACCCAGCUCACGCUCAACUCGUCCAUCCCUUCCAGGGUGGCGACGAACGUCUUAUGCAUCACGAUCGGCCCCUCAGCGCCAUCGUGUCCAGACUCACGGUUCGGCUCGCCCAUUCCCUCCAGGAUGGCGACGACCGUCUUAUGCAGUACGAUCGGCCCCUCAGCGCCAUCGUACCCAACUCACGUUCAUCCCCUCCAGAAUGGCGAUGACCAUUCUCAACACAUUUUAUGAAAAAAAUCCAACGGGAACAACCCGAAAUGGCGAUCGCCGGACAGAGCCUCCUAUAUAAAAGUUUAUUUGAGUAAGUUCGAGUGCCUAUUGACCCUUUCCCCUAUAUAUGCGGGUGGUCCUAAUUUACUCAAAGUCAAAAUUUGCAACAAGAGUGACUCAAGCAAAGAGAGCCUCCUACUGCCUUAUUGUUGGUGUUGGUUCGACCACAGCCGUCCGAUCGAAUACAGAUAGAGAUGACAAGCACCGCAAUCGACUGACUUGACUGACUACACGAGUCCUUGUGGGCCUACCUAUACGGAGUGGUGUAUAUAAAUAAGUAAAUAAAUAAAUAAAUAAAUACGGAGUAGCAAUUAAAGGAAGUCAUAGAGGAGAGCAUUUGUGAUUUCAUUUCUUCCGAACUUCAUAUUUUAUUUAUUUACUUAUUAAAUUAUUACUACAUUAAUUAAAUGGCUCUUCCGCGUAGACUUGUGUCAUCGCCACCGCCUCCUUGGAGGACAGCGACGGAGGCCGAUCCACCGUCCGCAGUCAACACCGAGUCUGAUUUUGUAGUCAUCCUUGCGGCGCUCCUGUGCGCUCUCAUUUGUGUGGUAGGGCUUGUGGUGGUGGGCCGCUGCGCCUGGCUCCGCAGGGCCCGGGCCAGGAAUUCGCCGCCCAACAAAGGCCUCAGCAAGAAGGUGCUCCGCUCGCUGCCCAAAUUCACCUACGGCGCCGACGAUUGUGCCGGCGGCAAGGGUUUCGCGGCCGAGUGCGCCAUAUGCCUGGCGGAUUACGAGGACGGCGACCAAAUCCGAGUGCUCCCGCAGUGUCGCCACGCUUUCCACGCCGAAUGCGUCGACAGUUGGCUCGCCUCCCACUCCUCCUGCCCAUCGUGCCGCCAGAUCCUCGUCGCCUCCCGGUGCCGGAAGUGCGGCUGCAAGGACCUCCCGUCCGGCGAAGGAAGAAGCCAAAGCAGCAGCAGCUAGCUAGCUUUGAUGCAAAUUUUGGGCGGAUCCAACCAUUGAUGAAUGAGAAAUCCCGGCGGCACCGGCACGGCAAUGUUCGAGCUAUUUCCGGGUCGGGUUGAAGACUUGAAGUGUACUGUUAUUAUGUACGUAUAUAGAUAGAUAGUCGUAUACAGAAAGAAAAAAGAAGGAAAGGAUAAAUACGUAGGUUCGGUAGAUUAUUUAUAUCGCCGUUUCUGGAUCACGCCACACUCAUUUCUCAUCGGAUCUAGUGUAUACCUCUUUUCCUUCUUACACAUACUGCAUAGUUUUGAACUUUUAAUUAAUUUUCUACACUUUUCCCUCUAUGGCUCUAUCUAAUUGUUAAAUCUGUUGUUGACAUUUGAGAUGGGUCCAUUGAUAUGUUCACUUUGCCAAACCGAAUAGAAAUUAAUCUUACGGGCCAAGUAUCUUGAUCUUGUGAUCUGAUGACAACACUGCGACACUUUCAAAUAGGAGGUCACAGGUUCGAAUCUCAUCCCUGUUCAAGAAUGUUGGCUUUAACAGAAGAGACACUAUAAUAGAUUAGAAAGAUUUGUUCAAAAAAAGUUGAUCUUACGGAACAUUCAUCAAUUUAACAUAAAAAUGGCAAAAAUAUAUAUUACUCCGUUGAAGAUAGAGGUUUUGACUAAAUAUUAAUAAUAAAUGGAUAAUGGACAAAAAGUGACAUUCUUUUUUAAUUUCCCAAAAAAUGUGACUAAUAAAUAAUAAGCUACAGUAAGUCAGUAACAUGCUAUAGUGAUCCAAUACAGUGACAAAUGACGCGUUAUAGUGACAUGAGCACAGGGACAUCCAUCACCUCAUGACCUGUGAUCGCCGUCGGCACGAGGCUGUCACCGACUACAGUGACGCCGCCAAAGUGACACUACAAAAAAAACUCUUUAUAGAGGCAACCCUUAGAGGCAAUAUACAUAUAAUUGCCUCUAAAUGACUCUUUUAGUGUCACAUAAAAUUUAGGUGCCUCUAAAGCCAUAAUUUGAGGCAACCAAAUUCUACUUGCCCCUAAAGUGCACAAUUUGCGACAACCUUCUUUAUAUUUGCCUCCGAAGGUAAAUUUUAAAAGAAUAAUUGCUUCUAAACAUUUGUUGCUAAUUUGCUAUUACCAAUACUUGAUGCUCGAGGCAACCAAGUCAAUAUGCUCUCUAAAAGUUAAUAUUAGCCGAUUAGCGUAUGGUAAAUUAUGUAUAUUAAGGCAAUCAAAUACUACUCACAUCUAAAAGUUAUUCAGAGUAUAUUUUAACUAAAGAAAAUAUAUAAAGAUGAAGAACAAUAAAACUAUUACGGAGUACUUCAUUUAUCUCACAACCUGUUUGACAACACCAUUUUUCGGCUUAUUAGGCUUCUCACCCAACUUUUUCAACAAACAUGUAAUUUUUGCUUUCGCGCGCUGAAUUGUGUAAUAAGCAAAAAAAAAGUAAGGUUGUAGUUACUUUUCUGGCUGAAGUUACUGUAGAUGACUAUUUUAGUUAUUUUUACAUAUAAUUUUUUCUUUAUUUUAUUAAUACAAUAUAUUUUAAAAAUAAUUAUUUUUUCUUAAAUCAGCAGAAUUAGCCAAUGCAGUCACUUCAGCCAGAACUUCAUAAAUUUCAACAGAAUCAUCCAAAUCAGUCGAUUUUGGUGCUACCAAAUGGGGCUCUUAUUUUGCAAGCUAGAUACACGUUUUCUUUUAAGCUACUGGUGCUAAGUUAAACUCGCCCCUAAUUAGAAGAUCACUAUUUUACUACUUUUCCAUUUUGUAUAUACUAUCGUAUUAUCUAUCUCUAUCUAUAAUAUACUUCGUAUUUCACCUUAUUGUUUUUGUGAGAUCACGCUACUUUUCUGUUUUUACCUUUAAAGUUACAACUACAUCUUUUAGUUGUAAAAAACACAAUAUGAUUUAUAUUUUGAAAACCUGUGCCAUUUAAAAUAGACAGAGUACUCUAAUUAAUUAGGAUGAUUUUAUUUGGAUAUAUUUCAGUACCAGACCAAGUUUUGACAGUUAUGAAAUAUUGAAAUAUACUCAAAACAAAUACUUGUAGUAUAUUGGUCUAGUUUAGACUUAAUCAAAUCUAACCAUACCAGAUAAUCGAAGUCAAAACAUCCUUACAAAUAACCACAAAAAAUUGCUAUAUUUUUUUUUGGCAAGCAAGAAUAUUAUUUUUAUUAACUAAUGAGAAAUUGGGAAAAAAUAUUCUAAUCGCAAUCAUAAAAAACAAUUAAAACACUGACCGCAUAUCCACAAUUGUGAUUCUAAAAAAAACCUCUAAACAAUGGCUCAUUUUAAAGUUUUUUCAAGAAAUUUACAUUCGCACAAGGCCAAAACUAAUCCCGCCCCUCCGUUUCCCAAAAAAUUAAAGUCUCGCGCCCCCUCCUCAAAUAGUGAAAUCCCUGAUUUACAUUUCAAUUGAAACCCUAUGUCUCCCUUAGCUUAGAACCUUGCAUCGCCGUCUUCGGUCCUCACUCGUGUUAGCCGCAAUCAAAGGGAUCGACAACUGGUUCUCAGUUUUUCGGAUUCGGGCACAGUGCUGAUUACCGAUUAGAUUAGUUUCCUGCAUCGAGAAGCGACUGGUACUCCUUAGGGUUCAUCUUUUCAUUCAUGGUUAUCAUGCUUCAUCUAAUGCGUCAGAUUUCUUCGAAGUAAGUCUCCCUACUUAAUUUAGUUUCCCGUUUUUCUUGAAUUUACAUGAAUUGCUAGUGAAUUGUCAGCAUAUCACAGGUAUUAAUAUCUUCUAACAGAAUAGGCCUUUCUGAAUGGGGUAAAAGAACAUGGGAUCGUUCAUCUCUUCUUUCAAGAUUGGUAUGAGUCGAUGUCGGUCAAAGGUGUGAAAACACUUCCUGAUGUCGAAUUCCAAAAACCUGCUACAGGUUCCCCACUCUUCUUUGGUACGUUAUUACCAUGUGAGCCAGGGAUGUUGCAGUUGAAUUAAAACAAAAUAUGUGGUAGGUUCUUACGUAACCCUGUCUCAAUCUCAAUUUUUUUUAAGAUUUAGGAGAAUAAUAGAAAAAGAUUAGUGAUGGUUGAUAAAAUAUUGCUAAUUAUAACAAAAUUUGACUAUUAUAUUUUAUUAUUUUCGAUUUUAACAUAUAUAUCUAUUUCUCAGAACGUUUCAAAUAAAAUUUUAGGUGACUUUCUAUUUCUUAUUCUUAUUUAUAUAAUAAAUUGAUGGAACCAUUCCAUGAUAAUUAAAUGGGUUUUUAAUGAUACAUGCAUAUGUAUCUAGGUCUGUAGUAUUAAAGUGUAGAACAUAUUAUGUUCUAUGAUGUUUUUGUUGCACAUGCCUAAAACUUUUAGUAUGAAAAUAUGCUAGAUUUUGAAGGCAGGCAUUUGCCUACUUCACAUAUCUUAUUCAAAGCUUUAUUCUAUGAUGCAGAUGUGCAGGUAGCACCGUAGCAGUCAUACUGCACACUACUUAUUUGUAAAAAUCAUUAUAUUAUGGAGUUGUAAUGCCUAUUCAAGAAGUUACAAAUGCAGAGUGCAUAGGAAUAUGCACCCCCCGAAGAGGAGACUUGGGAAAGAAAUCCUGCAGUUUGGAGUUGCUCGUGACAUUAGCCAGAUAUAUGAUAGUUCCAUUUUGUUCCAAGUUGAAUUUGCCUGAACUUUGUAUGGUUGAGAUUCAAUGACUUGUAGAUUAAUCCUUUAGUAGGCAUUAUAGCUUUGUAUUGUGAACCAUUAUUGUACAGACCUUAUUCUGUAUUUCAGUUGCAUAUUAACAUAUGCUAUGACUUUAUGUAAUGAAAUUGUAAUGAAAUUUAUUGUUAAUUUGUAUUUUUGUUACUACUUCA